ACGUGUUCCUGCUGCUCGAGGCAGAAGCCGUUAAACCGGAUUGAAGCGGCCGGUUCCGGUCGAUGAGCAUCAGACCGGGACAGCGGGAACCCGGAACCUGUAGUCCGCCUGUUGGCAUGCCAACGGCCGCUAGCUAGCCGGCUGGUUAGCUUUAGCAUGCUAGCUGGAGGAGAGACUGAUCAGAACACGUUUCACAGGUCAGAGGUCAUGGUUCUCCACAAUGAACGCCGUCCGCAAACGCCUCAAAAUCAGCCCGUCCAAACCCGCCGGCGCCCGGAGCCUCAGACCGCCGCGCUCCGGUCCUCAGCGCAGCUCCCAUGAUGCUUUGCUGCCUCCUCCAGCUCCUGCAGGGGGCGGAGCUCAGGAGGAGGAGGAGGAGGAGUACCUGCUGGUGGAGGAAGACACGACUGACUCCAGCCUCAUCAUCACCAUGGAGGACAGGCAGGUGGAGGUGAAGGCCGCGAGGAGGAGAGCGGUGAGGAAGAGGAAGAGGAAGCUGACAGUGGAGGAAGAGGAGAGGGGCGGGGCCUCAGAGAGUGAGCAGGAGGAGGGGGCGGGGUCACAGGUGGAGAUUGACAGGCAGCUGGACCAAUCACUGGAGACAAAGUCCAAACAGCACAACCUGACCACGGUGAACGUCAGAAACAUCAUCCACGAAGUGAUCACCAACGAACAUGUAGUGGCCAUGAUGAAAGCUGCCAUUAACGACACCGAGGCCGUCCCCGCCUUUGAGCCCAAAAUGACUCGAUCCAAGUUUAAAGAGGUCGUGGAGAAAGGAGUGGUGAUUCCAGCCUGGAACAUUUCUCCCAUCAAGAAGACGAGUGACGUCAACAAGGCUCCUCAGUUUGUGGACAUCCCUCUGGCUGAGGAGGACUCCUCUGAUGAGGAGUACCAUCCUGAUGAGGAGGACGAGGAUGAGACGGCUGAAGAUACGUUCCAGGAGAGCGACAUGGAGAGCUCGGCGUCGUCUCCCAGAGGAGGUCGGCUGAACAGAGCAGAGGAGGACAGCUGCAGCCCCUGGCAGACUUCCCGGAGCCGCUCCAGGCGUUUCAGAGCGGCGUCUGUCUCAAUGGGACCGCCCCCUCCUCCCAAAGCCCCGCCUCCUAAAGCAGUUCCUGACUGCACCUUCCUGGAGAAACUUCAUGCUGUGGAGGAGGAGCUGGCUGUGUGUAUAGAACCCUACCAGCCGUUGUCUCAGUCGGAGGAGGAGGCGGGUCUGAUGGCGUACCGGACCCGGUCCAAGCGUCCCCUACGUGACGUCCCACUGGGCCGGCUGGAGGCGGAGCUCCGAGCUCCAGACAUCACACCUGACAUGUACGAGUCCAGUUCUGCCCACGAGGACAGGGACUGGACUGAUUGGCUGAGAGGCCUGAUGACCUCAGACAUGGAGAACGAAGAGGAGUGUGAUGAUGAAGAUGAUCCAGAGUACAACUUCCUGGCCGAAACCGAUGAACCCGAUGUGGAGGAUUACCGUGACGACAAGGCCGUCCGCAUCACCAAGAAGGAGGUGAACGAGCUGAUGGAGGAGCUCUUUGAAACGUUAAAAGAAGACCUCGUGUCCGGACAGGAAGUUGAAGAUGAAGGCCACGAGGAAGAGGAGGAGCCACAGGAGGAGUGUGUUCAAACACACACACCUGAGGAGACGCACAACCCAGGACCAGGACACGAGGAGGACGGACCAAUCACAGAGCUGCAUACGGUGAAGCAGCAGCUGAUCAGAAGCAGGACACACACGCUGUCCAGCACACACAGUGCAGAGCCGCUCACACUGAGGCUGAGUGCAGCGCAGAGGAGCCGCCUGCAGCAGCAGCUCCAGCAGCACGUCCAGCUGUUAACUCAGAUCCACCUGCUGAGUUCACCUGUUGUCAAACUGCAGAGUGAGGCGGAGACCAGCAGACAGUUCCUGUUUGAGUUGGAGCUGUUGGCUCAGAGGGGCGAGCUGCUGAUGUCUUCAGGACGUCCUGGUUUCUGCAGCGUCUUCAGAGCCUCUAACCUACAGGGGCGCUGCAGCUGCUGGAGGAGCUGCAGAGGACCCCCAUCAGCUACCGGCAGCAGCUCCACCCCCAGACGCCAGAGGACACAUGCGGUGUUUCCCCGUCCUCCCUGCUGAACUCUCCUGGCUCUUUGCCACCCGUCUGGUCUUCCUCUACCCGGAGCUGCUGCCCUCUGCCAGCCUGGACCCCGACCUCUACUGCCCCCGCAGGACGGCU